AUGGGACACAAAAAGAGAACCAAGGUAAUAUUCAGUGCUGGAGCAGGUGGCAGUGGAGCCAUUGGACCAUUUAACACAGACACGACUUUGAUCUACAGAGCAGUGAUAACAAACAUCGGUGGUGCCUACAGUCCAUCUACAGGUGUCUUCACUGCACCGGUUGCAGGUGUUUAUUAUUUUACAUUCUUCUAUCACGCCGGAGGAACGUAUGAGGUAAAGCUUCUCUUGUACAAGAACAACGAGUUGAUGGCCAUGACCCAUGAUCACCAGUCAGCCGUUGAUACUGCUGAUAAUGGAGGAAACGCAGUGUUCCUGCAGCUGCAGCGAGGUGACCAGGUGUAUGUACGCUUGGCUGCGAACUCUCAUGUUUGGGGAACCCACCACCAUACAACUUUUAGUGGUUUUCUGGUCAGUCAAAUAUGA